AUGAAAAUGGGAUUGAGAUCUCAGUUUGGGUCAUUGUUCCUGGUAUUGUUUCUUGUUGGCCAUGCUGUUCAUGUCAGUGCUCAUGGAGGCGGGAAGAAGUUCGAGGCAGGUGAAUGGAAACAUGCUCAUGGCACACACUAUGAAGGAAGCUCCGAUACAUUUGGUGGAGCUUGUGGAUACCAUGAUGUAGUUAAAGAAGGUUAUGGCCUGGAAACAGUAGCGUUGAGCAAUGCAUUGUUCAACAAGGGGGAGAUGUGUGGUGCAUGCUUUGAAAUCAAAUGCGAGGACGAUCCUCAAUGGUGCAAGCCUGGCAAUCCAAGUCUCAUCGUUACAGCAACCAACCAGUGCCCUCCGAACCCCGAUCAGGAUCCUAAUAACGGAGGAUGGUGCAACGAACCCCGUGAACAUUUCGACAUAGCAAGGCCUAUUUUUGAGACGAUUGCCGAGUACAAGGCCGGAAUCGUUCCAGUCGCAUACCGCAGGAUCCCAUGUGACCAUAAGACAGGAGGCAUGAAAUUUACAAUAACUGGGAAUCCUUAUUUUACUGAAGUGUUGGUGUGGAAUGUGGCUGGUGCUGGGGAUAUCUGCAGCGUCGAAGUGAAAACCGAAGAGCAACCAGAUAAGUGGCUGCCGAUGGAGAGAAUGUGGGGUCAGCGGUGGGUGUACAACGGGAAAUUGUGCGAGUCACAAGGCGCACUUAGCUUUAAAGUGACUACUGGUGAUCAAAGAAGCGUCAUCUCUGAAUGUGUUGCUCCGAAGGGCUGGCAGCUUGGCCAGACUUAUGAAGGCAAAAAUUUCGAUCAGUAA